UUAUUUUUUUUUCUUCUUCUUCUUUUUCUAUCUUUUUCUCUUUCCACCUAAAUUCUCUCUCUUUCCUGUCUUUGUCUUGAUUCCGAUGCGAAUGGUAAUUGCAGAAACCCCAACGCUCCUUUCCUCUCCAUCCUCCUAGAUCGAGUCAGGGUAUCCUAUUUUAUCCGGAGACCUGACAUGGUAAAAGCUGUAGCAGAAUGAUGGUGUUCUUUUAAGCUGGUUUAUUGACUUUGCCCUCUGGUUCCAUUUGAUUUUGAACCAUUUUUAUGAUGGGCAAAGGAUUCUCUAUAAUAAUUACAGUCAGAUGAAAAUUCAGAUAAUUUUUGUGGGCAAAGAGGCUGAAGUUAUUAUUAGUAAUGGCUUUGAGGGUUAUAGCAGUUUCGGCGGUUUCUACAUUUCUAAGCUUUGUGGGUCUUCAGUUUUGCACAGACUUGUCUUUGGAUAAACUUAGAUCAGAUGGACUAAUAGGCUGGAAUUUAAUUCACUUGGACGAUGCCAGCCAAGACAUUGAGUUGCCCUCGGGUUUGUACACCACCAUAGGGCUACUGCUGAAUUGCAUGAUCAAUUUAUUUGUCCUUCUUAAUCUUUGUAUCAAGGCUGUGUUUUUCUCAGAGUUAUAUGCUUCUGAAACUCGUAAAUUGAUUGAGCGUCUAGUUAAUUAUGUCAUUUACAAGGGAACAUUUCUACCGCUGAUUGUGCCACCAACAAUUUACCAAGCAGGUCUUUGGUCAACUUGGUUGACUGUGCUUUGCUCUCUGAAGAUGUUUCAAGCUUUAGCUAGAGAUCGUUUGGAACGGCUGAAUGCAUCUCCAUCUGCUACACCCUGGACAUAUCUUCGUGUAUAUUCGGCAUUAUUAUUUGUUUUCAUGGCUGAUGUUCUCUGGAUAAGGCUUUGUCUGACAAUAUAUAGAACACAUGGGUCCUCCAUGUAUCUGCUAUUAUUCUUUGAGCCUUUCAGUAUUGCUUUUGAGACCCUACAGGCUAUUUUGGUACAUGGCUUUCAGUUGCUUGACAUAUGGCUGCAUCAUUCAGCUUGCAAUAGGGAUUUCCGAUCACCUAAACUGCUUGACACAUUAACUGCAGGUUCAUUGUUGGAAUGGAAGGGAAUUCUUAUUCGUAACUUGGGGUUUUUCCUAGACAUGGCUACAUUUUUCAUGGCACUUGGCCAUUACUUGUAUAUAUGGAGGCUUCAUGGCAUGGCUUUCCAUCUUGUAGAUGCAGUGCUAUUUCUAAAUAUACGUGCAUUACUUAGUGCAAUAGUAAAUCGCAUAAAAGGCUUUAUCAAGCUAAGGAUAGCUCUAGGAACACUUCAUGCAGCUCUUCCUGAUGCAACAACUGAGGAGCUAAGAGCGUAUGAUGAUGAAUGUGCUAUUUGUAGAGAACCAAUGGCUAAGGCUAAAAAGCUAAACUGCAAUCAUCUCUUCCAUCUUGCAUGUUUAAGAUCUUGGUUGGAUCAAGGCCUGACUGAGAUGUAUACUUGUCCAACUUGUCGAAAGCCACUUUUUGAGGGAGUGCCUGAAAAUGAAGCAAGCUCUGACACAGGGACUAUGUCUAGUGAUGAACAGCUUGCACGCCAAAUUAGUGCUGGAUUAGACCGGCCAAACAAUGCUAGACAUGCCAUGCCUACCGGAUUGUAUCCAAAUCAGACACUAAACACUCCUGAAGGUGUUACUUGGAGGGGUGCAGGGCUGGACUCAGGUUGGUUGCAUUCUUGGCCAAAUCAAGGUGUUGAUGGGGCCGGUCCGUCUACUGCUAUGAGAACAGUUGGAUUGGGAAGAGUUCAAAUGAUGAUGAGGCAUCUUGCAUCUGUUGGAGAAACCUAUGCUCAGACUGCCUUUGAAGAUUCUUCUUGGAACCUUUGGCCCAUUAAUCCCUCUCAGGCUUCUGCGAGUGCUUCAACCAUUCCUCCCCCUAAUGGAAGAUCAUUAGGACGAACUGGUAGUUUACAUUUAAGGACUGCUUCACAGCCUCCAAAUGAUAAUGUGGCUAAUAUACUUGCCAUGGCUGAGACUGUUCGAGAGGUUCUACCUCAUAUUCCAGAUGACAUGAUAUUCCAGGACUUGCAAAGAACAAAUUCUGUUAUGGUUACUGUGAAUAAUCUUCUUCAAAUGUGACUUACUAAGGUAUUAUUUUACACCUCAAGGAAUAUUAUGAAGAAUGAAGGAUGUAGAGGCACUACAUUUUAUGUCCCUUGAAAAGGCAUAGGCUUCAUUUUAUGUAUAUAGAGUCAGCACAUUCAAUCUGUUGUACUGAAGAAAGAUAGCAGAAAAUAUAUAGGCAUUUUCUUUCUCUUUCUCUCUCUUCUACUUGAAUCAGUAGUAAAAUAAAUGUGGGGUAUGUUCCCAAAGCUGGGCAAGUUCCUAUCUGUCAUUGUUCCGUUUGAAUUGUAAUUUUGAAUAUGUUGCUACCUCCAAAAUUAUCUUGUAAUUUUCUUUCCACUCCCCACUCCAUUUUGUGGGGUUGGCAGAGAGAGAGACAGGGAUAAUAUACAUAUCAAUUAUCUUAAACUCAUUCAAUAUUGGUCAGCCAA